AUGCACUUACGAGGCCACUGGCCAUUACCAGAGCAGGCUGGAGCAGCAGCUCGACGUGCUGUAUCUGGUCAGAGAACAAAGUCCUGGCACAGAGGAGAUUACGGAACACCGCUGGACACUGGCCACUUGACCGGUAUUACAGAUAUGGCUACAAAUCCCCCGGAACUCUUCAUAUCUAUAACCUCUUUUUAUUCUCGACAACGAGGGCUCACACGCGACGGGGCAGUUUUAAACAAUUCGCCCCUUCAAAUCCUCCCACGUGUUAAAAACAUGAGACAUAUACGAAAGCGGAAUUUUAUCAGUAUUUUGAGAAAAGUUGUACGAAAAAUAUUUUACACUUUAAAAAAAUACAUCUCGCAAUUUUGUCGCGAGACGGGACUCCAUGGUUGCAAAUAUAUUUGUGAUACCCAACGUCCUAUGAUAGAAAGAAUCGCAUGGGCAAUAAUGGUGGUCUCAUCCCUUUGUAUCGCGCUCGGAUUGCUGAAGGGUACUUUGAACUUUUUCGCGGAACAUUUUGUCCUCUCGGUCAUCGAAACGACCCAUAAUGGAAUAUGGAAUUAUCCGUUCCCAGCGAUCACUGUAUGCGAUAUCAAUCGCGUAUCUUUUAAUCUAACGCAGAAAUUCGUCGAGAACUUAACACUCCCUGCCGCCGUGACGAAGGAAUUCGUAACUCAAGAAAUGAAAUUAUUGAACGAAUUAUUAUACCCUGGUAUAUACGGCUCACACGUUCGAAAUAAUCUGUCGCAAUUGCAGAACAUCUUCGACAUGAACGAGCUUUCAAUACCAACAAUCAUGAACUCAGUUGCGCAAAGUUGUCAAAAUUUCCUAGUCUCGUGUAAAUGGAAGUCGAAGACGAAAGACUGUAGUAGCAUUUUUCGACCAAGUAUCAGCCGCGAUGGAGUAUGUUGCAGUUUUAAUUAUAUUACUUACGACUUGAUUGUGGAAGAGCCAAAUACAAAACCAUGUAAAAUGACUUCAUGUGGAUAUCAGAGUGGACUCAGUAUGGUGCUCAAUCUGGACAUCGAAAAUUAUGAUGCCGGUAUUAUGGAAUCUGUAGGAGUAAAGAUCAUGCUACACGAUCCUUACGAUUACCCUGAUUACGAUGCGCCGAGCAAAUUUAUAGGCGUGAAUAAAUAUGCAUUUUUGUCCAUCAAACCCGUAGAAAUGCGUUCAGCCACUGAUAUCACCUACUUAGAUCCCAAUUUGAGACAAUGCAUAUUUCACAGCGAAGCAAACGAGAUUAUUGGUAACAAUUGGAAUGGACACAUUGUUCCCGUCAAAUAUUCAUUCAUAAAUUGUUUGACAAACUGUCGAGCAUCUUUAAUUAAGAAUAUAUGUGGAUGCAUUCCGUACUAUUAUCCGCAAAACAUUUGGUAUGAUACCUCUUGGCCGGGAAUGGAUAUGUCGCCCAAAGCUUUACCGCAUGUAAACUUGAAUGGUUACGGGAGACCUUGUGCCUGUACACCCGAUUGUAAUUUUUAUCGUUAUGUCAUAGAGAAUUCGGCAGGAGAUCUUGAUAAAGGUCUUACUUAUACUUAUCCCAGAAAAGAUAAAACUUGGAAGAAUCAAAGUGCGAUUCAUAUAUUUUUCGGAGACCUAGUGUCUAUUCAAUACCGAAGAGAAAUGCAUUACAACUGGCGUCAUUUAUUUGCUACAUUUGGCGGUCUUUUAGGAGUUUUCGCUGGAUUUAGUUUUAUGUCUAUUGUCGAAAUUAUUUAUUUCUUUGUUAUUCGUGUUCUAAUUGAUGCAUGU